AUGUUUCUACAAGCAGUUCGAUCCACCUUCAAUCAAGUCAGAAGCAUGAAGAUUGUGGCGGAAACAGCAUUGGCCGACAACUACAUGUACUAUGUGAUCGAUGACAGAACGAGGAAGGGAUUUGUGGUUGACUUGGGGGAUGUUUCAAAGGUAUGUUGGGGGGAAUGAGUAAAAGAUAAGAGGGGGGGGAAUAUUACUCUGGCCGAUUUUUGUAUUAUCUUAGGGUUGCGGUUUUUUGUUCUAUCCUACUAUACCUUACCCUACUCGCCUUAUUCUACCCUGCCUUACCUUAUCCUACCCUGACCUGCUCUACAGUACUAAUACCCAACCCAAGCCACAUAAAACAAAAAAAAUAUUUUAGGUAUCAGAAGUCGAGCGACGAGAAGAAUUCACUCUAACGGCCGCUUUUGUCACUCAUCAUCAUUGGGACCACGCUCAAGGUGCACCCGACCUUCGUAAACAAUAUCCAGAUAUCAAGAUCUAUGCUGGCGAUCCGGACAGAAUCCACUUGACAAAAGCUGUAAAAGACAAUGAUGUCAUCGAGUUUGGACAACUUGAAAUCAGAGUUAUUGGCACACCAGGACACACGACAUCACAUGUCUGUUACUACGUUCAAGAUACGAUGACUGGAAAGAAGGCGUUGUUUACUGGAGAUACCAUCUUCUUGGCUGGAUGUGGCAAGUUCUUCGAAUGCCCUGGAUCAGUCAUGUAUGAUACGAUCUACAAUAAGUUGAUGAAUAUUGUGGCUGAUGAUACUGUAGGUUGUAGGGACUUUAAAAUGGAUGGAACUUUCUUUACAGAGCAAAUAAUAGCAAUAACUUUCUAUACAAAACAAGAAAUGGCAAGAACUUUCUUUACAGAACAAGAAAUGGCAAUAACUUUCUGUACAGAACAAGAAAUGGCAAGAACUUUCUAUACAAGACAAGAAAUGGCAAGAACUUUCUUUACAGAACAAAUAAUAGCCAGAACUUUCUAUACAAAACAAGAAAUGGCAAGAACUUUCUUUACAGGUCAAAAAAUGGCUAGAAUUUUCUUUACCAAACAUAAAAUGGCAAAAACUUUCUUUAAAAGUAAGGAAUAAUGUUUUCCUUUAGGACAUGUACUUUGGCCACGAAUACAGCUUGACAAACCUGAAGUUUGCCAAAGAAGUUGAGCCGAUGAACGCCAGAGUAUCAGAGAAGUAUGACAAUGUCAAAACUCAACUCAACUCUGGAAAAUACAGUACACCAUCGUUAUGGGGAGACGAAAAACUUUACAAUCCGUUCUUGAGAGUAAAGUAAGUCCAUACCAACAUUGCUAUUAUCUUUAAAACUUUUUAAAUUUUUUGUUAAAUGCUGAAACGAUCAUUUUUAAGUUGAACACGCUUUAAAUCAUUUAAAAAUGUCGUUAUUAGCUUGUGAUGAUUGAAACAUACAGUAGAAAGCUAUAAAUUAGAAUAAAAGUUACAGUAUGCAUCUAAUAAUGUCAUUUCUUCUUCAGUGAAACGUCAGUAAAAGAGUAUUGUCAAGCUGAAGAUCCAGUACAAGUACUAGACAAACUAAGAUCGAAGAAGAACAAUUUCCGAGGAUAA